AAUAAUUUUCUGCAAAAUCCUUUGGGAAACCCUUGGCGCCAGUCAUCAUCAUACCCUGUAUUAGGGCACAGUUCUAACCUGGGGGCCAUAAACACAACGGAGGAGAGGAGACGCCUAAGUUAGGGCUACCAAAAGCGAAAUCUGAUCAUACCAGUUCGUUGUUUUACCUGCGGCAAGGACUUCUGAUUGCAUCCAUUGCAUGUUCCAACUCUCAAUCAAAAUGUGAUUUGCAUGAGCUGGAGGCCUGGAAGUUUAAAAGAGGAAGACAUGGAAGAUCGCCAUUCUGUCAGUAGUCCCAGAAGAAUCCUCAGUCUGUCAAAACAGAGAAGGGCAACAGUGUCCUUCCCAGAUCCAGAUGACAAGUCUUCUGGGUUCGGUGUGGCUGGAGAGCAUGGUCCCAAGCCUGCAGAAGUUUAUGGAUUUGUUGGGUCCAUUUCAACUGUUGUUGCUACAGUUAUUUUCCUGGUAUGGGCAUAUGUUCCUGAGCACUGGUUACAUUCUAUUGGGAUCUUUUACUAUCCUAACAGGCAAUGGGCUUUAGCUGUGCCGGCUUAUGCUAUGGUGACAGUAGUAUUAGCACUGGGAUUUUACAUUGGCCUCAACUUCAUGACGACCCCUUCUCCAACUUCCUUAAACACGAUGUUUGAUGAAUACAGUAGAGAACCUAUGAGCUUUGAGCCUUCAAUAGGAGAUGAGCAGCCCAUCGAACCCAUGGCUGAUAUUGGCAUCGAUCGAAUCAAUGAUCUAAUGUUCGGUGAUGUAAAAUGACAAAUCUAUCAUGUGGUAUGGCUGUGCUAUAACCCCAUUAUCUUCUAAGAAACAAAUAUAUGCUACUUUUGCUCUCUUAUAUCAACAACUUAUGGAACAUUAGUGGGAGCAUUCCCCAAGAGUGCUGGAGUUGGUCUAACCAUUGAGGUGGAGAUAUUAGCUUUGUUGGAAGGCCCAAAGCAGCUAAGGGUUUAUCAAACCUUCUGGUAAAGGGGGAUUUGCAAUUUGUCAUACCUUAGGAAAAAAAGAAGGAUAGAGUUUGGUAUUCUUUUUGCUGGAUUCCUUGGGCAGCUAACUGUGUGAUGGAUAUGUUAGCAAAAUAGGAAGCCAAUCAGUUGAUCUCUUUUGUAGGGGAUUUUCUACCCAAUAAAUUUUUUGUGUUCGUGUUUAUAACCAUUUUUAAUUGUGCAUUUCCAUCAAUAUUUAGAGUGAUAGUUCUUCUCA